AUGGAACCAGUCGUCAGCGCAACCAUCCAGGCAGCUGUUCUGAGCGCCAUCUCAAACAUCCUUGCUCAGUUCAUCACCUGCUACCGCGGAGGCCAUGGCUACAGCCUUGACACCGGCACGCUGGCCAUCUUCGUAACCUUCGCCCUCAUCUCAUGCCCACCCAACUACCUCUGGCAGUCAUGGAUGGAGACCACCUUCCCCGGAUACAUCGCUCCUGGCGAGUCUGGUACCGCAGUAAGCAUUGCUCAACACCCUCAGGUCAAGGCUGCUGUCGACGCCGCCGGCCCAACCCUGCAGCGCAUUGAAGACACUGCCAGCCCUGUUCUGCAAAAAGCUUCGGCAGCCACCACUGCUCUCGCAGACAGCGAUGCUGUCAAGAUCGCAAGACGCCGUGCCAGCGAGGGUGUUGACAAGGUCAAGGCAAAGGCAAAGGAGCUCGAGGCUCGCGCCGGCAUCAACCAGUCUCCUGUGGCUGCCAGCCCUGCUCGCUCUCAGACUUUCAGCACCGCCGAGGGCAAGCUUGUCGAAAAGAAGGUCGAUGGUGCCUUUGCUCAGCCUACCGCCACUUCGGAGCCCAAGGCAUUGAGCAUCAAGAACACCGCCAUCAAAUUCGCUUUGGACCAGACCCUCGGUGCCGUCUUCAACAAUGCCUUGUUCAUCGUCGGCAUCGCUCUCCUGAAGGGUCAGUCUGUCGACACCGCUUUCGCCGCGCUGCAGAACGACUUAUUCCCGCUCCUGUUUGCCGGCCAGAAGCUCUGGCCUCUCGUCUCGAUCAUCAGCUUCACUCUCGUUCCUUUCGAGUACCGCACCGCCUUUGGUGGCAUCAUCGGUAUUGCCUGGGGUGUCUAUCUGAACCUGAUCACCAAUGGCAAGUAG